AUGGCGGGAGGCAAAAGAACCCUCGAUUCCCAGGUCCUUGUCUGUCCGAAGGAACUGAGGGAACCCGAGGGAACCCGAGGGAACUCGGAGGAACCCGAAAGAACCCGGAGGAACCCGGAGGAUCCUGGAGGAACCCGAAGGUACCCGGAGGAACCCGAAGGAACCCGAAGGAACCUGAGGGAACCCGAGGGAACCCGGAGAAACCCGGAGGAACCCGAGGGAACCCCGAAGGAAACCGAAGGAACCCGAGGGAACCCCGAAGGAAACCGAGGGAACCCGAGGGAACCCGCAGGAACCCGAAGGAACCCGAAGGAACCCGUGGGAACCCCGAAGGACCCCGAGGGAACCCGAGGUAACUCGGAGGAACCCGAAGGAACCCGAAGGAACCCGAGGGAACCCCAAAGGACCCCGAGGGAACCCGGAGGAACCCAAAGGAACCCGAAGGAACCCGAGGGAACCCCGAAGGACCCCGAAAGACCCCGAGGGAACCCGGAGGAACCCGAAGGAACCCGAAGGAACCCGAGGGAACCCCGAAGGAACCCGAAGGACCCCGAGGGAACCCGAGGGGACCCGGAGGAACCCGAGGGAACCCGAAGGAACCCGAAGGAACCCCAGGGAACCCGAAGGAACCCCGAAGGAACCCGAAGGAACCCGAGGGAACCCCGAAGGAACCCGAAUGACCCCGAGGGAACCCGAAGGAACCCGAGGGAACCCGGAGGAACCGAAGGGCUGUUCCUGAGUAACUCGGGGUGUUCGAGUUGA